AUGACGAGUGUAAAAAGCAAUCACACUGAUGAAAUCAAAGAAACUGGAUAUUUAAGUGAUGAAGAGUCAUCGUCUAGUGAAUCUUCUUGCUCCGAAACCUUUUAUUCUGAAGACAAUUCUUCAACGACUUCGAGUGAAGAUCACGCUAAUGAAAUCAAAGAAACUGGAUAUUUGGGUGAUGAGGAGUCAUUGUCUAGUAAAUCUUCUAGUUCUGAAUCCUCUUAUUCUGAAGACAAUUCUUCAACGACUUCGAGUGAAGAUCACACUGAUGAGAUAAAAGAAACUGAGUAUAAAGGUGAUGAAGAGUCAUCGUCUUGUAAAUCUUCUAGUUCCAAAACCCCUCAUUCUGAAGACAAGUCUUCUACGACUUCGAGUGAAGAUCAAAACCCCACAUCAGAGGAGUGUUGUGGCCCUGUGACUGUCGCGAAAUACGGAAGAAAAAACGAAGCAGAAGAGGUAUCUUUGAUGAAAACCUGCAUGGCAUUUGUAGGUCAAGACCUUAGUCGGCUCGAACCAAAGCCCAAAGUCAAUGAUCAGGAGAGAGGAGGAAGUAGCAGCGAAGAAGAUUUUUCGUCAGGUGAACGUGAGCUAGAUGUUGGUAACUUAUGUAGCACUGCACGAGAGUCGCGAGGGCAGAAUAUUCAGCAACGAAGUUCCGUUUUUAAUUCAAACUUUGACCCGAAUUCAAUGGCCGAGAAGACCAGACGUGCUAAAGAAAGAAGCGAUGAGGAGGAAACAGGCGAUUUGAAUGGAGCUCCCCUAUAGCAGGAACAGAAUGGAACAACAGUUUCACGAAAUUCACAGAUAGCAAUACGAGUCUUCAGUGUGUCUUUGUCCUAUGUGGUUUAUGAUUUCGUUGUGAGUGGCUGAAAUAUUGUUUCAAUGCGGCGUCCAUAGCCAAUAUUAGCACAAUUGAUGGCAAUUCUUGCACGAGGAUUGAUGCUCUCCACCAACACUGAGUUCGGAGAAGAUUUAAUUGAGCGCCACCAAACCGAAUAAAACAUUAUACAGAUGUUACACUUAAUGUAUGGAAGCAAGAGCUACUUUUCCUGAGUAGUCUCCAAUAUUUACACGUUUGUACAUGUAGACUGUUCAUAUUGGCGGGAAGCAACUUAAGAUGAUUCAGAAACUGUUAAAAAUAUUGAGCGUUUGUAAAUAAAUAUUCAUAUUACAAGUAUGCUGUUCCUGUGUAGUCUCCAAUGUUUACACAUUUGUACAUAUAGACCGUUCAUAUUAGCGUGUGACAACUUAACGUGAUUCAGAAACUGUUAAAAGACAUUGAGCAUUUGUGAAUAAAUAUUUUUAUAUCAAGUAUACAAAUGUAAAAUUGACAUUAAA